GCUCCUUUGAGGGCUGCUGCAAGGUGUGCUCCUCUCUUUCUAGGGGUCUCUUCCAUGGAAUGGGCAUUUAUAGACUUCAUUAUUCUGGUCUGAGAAGUCAGAUCUCCUUGGUCUCAUGGAGAUAAUUUGCUUGAAUUAUUAAGGUUGUUGCUUCGGUAUUUUGUUCUGUUUUGGCAGAAUCAGCGUGGGUAGUCUGUGCCAAAGUCCUUUCCCCCAUAAAUGUCAUGGCUUACAGGAAGGAGGAAUGUUGUUUGUCUUUUUUCCCCCUACCCCCAAAUAGGAGAAUUUCUUUCAGGGUCCAGUGUUGGGGUGGGUGAGUCAGCAGUCUGACCACCUGACCAGCUGCUGUACUGGGGAUCCACAGAAAGACAAAGGGGAGCUCACAUCUUGACGGAGGAGACAACCUGUAAAUCAUUAGGUGCAAAAAGACAUAUAUCUGAGAAUUUUGACAGAAGACAGCCAUGAAGGGAAAUGCCCUCACAACUGGGGAAGACUGGAAAAGACUUCCUGAGGUAGAUGACAUUUGAAUUAAGGCUUGAAAGAAGCUGGAGAAGCUCAGAAGUCAAGCCCGGCUCUACCCCGGAAAACGAAAAUGUGGUGCCUCGGAAACCCCUUAUUGCCACUGCAGUCAAGUUCCUACAGAAUUCCCGGGUCCGCCAAAGCCCACUUUCAACCCGAAGGGCAUUUCUUAAGAAGAAAGGACUGACAGAUGAAGAGAUUGACUUGGCUUUCCAGCAGUCGGGCACUGCUGCCGAUGAGUCUCAGUCCUUGGGCCCUCCCACCCAGAUGGUGCCCCUCCAGCCCCCUCACCUCCUGCCUCAUCCAUACAAUCCUGCAAGUUCUAGAUGGAGAGAUUAUGGGGCUCUGACCAUCAUCAUGGCAGGGAUCGCCUUUGGCUUCCACCAGCUCUAUAAGAAGUACCUGCUCCCUCUGCUCAUGGGAGGCAAGGAGGACAGGAAGCAACUCCAGAGAAUCGAGGCGAACAUCUCAGAGAUGAGCGGCAGCAUGACGCAGACAGUGACUCAGUUACAAGCGACGUUAGCCUCUGUCCAAGAAAUUCUGAUCCAGCAGCAACAGAAAAUCCAGGAUCUUACCCAGGAACUGGCUGCCUCCAAGGCCACCACAUCCACCAACUGGAUCCUGGAGUCACAGAACAUCAAUGAACUCAAGUCUGAGAUUAAUUCCUUAAAAGGACUCCUCCUGAACCGGAGGCAGUUCCCCCCGUCCCCUUCCGCGCCCAAGAUCCCCUCCUGGCAGAUCUCAGUCAAGUCCUCAUCGCCCUCCAACCCAACGGUGGCCAACCACAACAGCAGCAGCGACAUCUCCCCCGUCAGCAACGAGUCGGCCUCCUCGUCCCCUGUCAAGGAGAACCACAGCCCCGAGGGCUCCAAGGUCAAUUACCACCUGCUGGGCCCGGAGGAGGAGGGGGAGGUGGUGAUCGACGUGAAGGGCCAGGUGCGCAUGGAGGUGCAGGGGGAGGAGGAGAAGCGAGAGGACAAAGAGGAGGAGGAGGAGGAGGAGGAGGAGGAAGAGGAGGAAGAGGAGGAGGAUGUGAGCCAUGUGGAUGAGGAAGACUGCCUGGCGGUCCAGACUGAGGACAGGAGAGGGGGAGACGGGCAGAUCAACGAGCAGGUGGAGAAGCUGCGGAGACCCGAGGGGGCCAGCAAUGAGAACGAGAUCGACUAGGACCGCCUGGGCCUCCUCCCUGCCACCUGCCCCUCUACAGCCCCUUCCUCUUUCCUGGAGUGCUCCCUGGGAGCUGCGGGGAUGGAGUGGCCUCAGUGUGCUUGGUGUGCUGACUUCCCCGGGUGCUGCCAGGCAGCGAGGCCGCCUGUCUUGCCCCGCUUUGGCCCCUCGGGACCACCCUCCCAGGUCUUUUACUGGGUCCAGCCGGGGCCUUGGUGGGUCUUCCUGAGUCUCGGCUUUUCUGAGCCCUGCCUCAGUCUCAGCUUUGUCCCUACCCCACGCUCCCAUCACCCACACUUUGUCCCUAAAACCAGUCUAGCCUUUGAGAUCUGUGUGGUGCGGGUCUGGGGUCAAGGGGCUCCACGGUGACCCCCGUCCUUGGCUGUGUCUGGUCUCCGACACCACUGGGCAUGAUGACAGAUGGUUUCCUCACCUGACUCCCAAGUCCGUGAGUGAGAAAGAAGGGCUGAGGAAAAGGUUCUCCAUCGCCACCCUCCUGCCCAUCGGGCACAGCGGGCAUCCAGCUGCAUGCCCAUCGUCUCCGACGGGGGCGGCUCCAUCUCCCCUUUUCUUUGGGGGUGCCCAGGAGCCCCAAGGCCUUCCCACACUGAGCUGUCCUGCUCAGCCUCUCCCUCCCCCUGACGACCCCCUGUUGUCCUCCUGGAGAAGCGUGACCGCCCGUUUCUGCCACAUCAUGUUCUCGCUGGGCCCAACGGCGACACACGAUCCCUCCCUGCGCAGGAGCCGUGGCCAAGCGCUGCCUGGAACACCCGAGCCCGCCCUGCUCCCAAGAAGCCACGCUCGUCUGUGUGAUCAUGUAUAGAUUCCAGAAUAUAAGAUAAGACUGUAUAUAAUUGUAAUAAAUAGGAGGUACCACUAUUUAA